ACUACGCGGCUGAGGAGCAGGAUGAAGGAGCAAGAGAAAGAGAGGGACGGAGGAGGUGGAAAAGCUGGGAGUAAGAAAGAGAAGGAUCAGAGCUGGAUUCCCAAGAUCAUCAAGAAACGAGUCUGCACCACUUUUGUUGAAGACUCUUUCAGUAAUGGAGCAUUGUGUCAGUGUGGUGGUGUGCGGCAUGUGCAUGACUCUGUGGCAACAGCGGACUUCUUUGGAGCUGCCAUUGUCACUCAGUGGGACAGCAGGCAGCACUCUUCAGAAUCGCCCACUGAUGCCUUUGGAGAGCUGGAGUUUGCUGGUGCUGGACGCAGACACAGUCAUUUUCUGCGCCUGUCAUGUGACACAUCGCCUCAGAUCGUCUACACCUUGAUGACAGCUCACUGGGGCCUGCCUUCACCCAACUUAGUGGUGUCGGUGGUGGGGGGUCAAGGCCAUGAGAAGCUCAAAACAUGGGUGAGGGAUGUCCUGAGAAAUGGGCUGGUUAAAGCCGCACAGAGCACAGGGGCCUGGAUCUUGACCGGGGGUCUGAGAGAAGGCGUGGCCCGCUGUGUGGGCGAGGCGGUGAGGGACCAUGGGGCUGUGGCUCCUGCUGACUCCCAGAAGAAAGUGAUUGCUGUGGGGCUGGCACCCUGGGGCCUGGUGCACAACAGGCAGCAGCUUGUCAAUGCCCAGGGGAGUUUUCCUGCUCGUUAUUAUGUCCAGAACACAUCACGUGACUCCAGCUGCCUGGACAACAACUGCCAGGCUUUCCUCCUGGUGGAUGAUGGGAGUGUUGGCCGCUGUGGGGGAGAGACAACCUUUCGUGCUAGUCUGGAGGACUACAUUUCCCAUCAGCGCACUGGCAUUUGGGGUAGCGGCAGUAUUGAAAUCCCAGUGCUGUGCAUGCUUAUCUCAGGAGAUGCCAGUAUGUUGGAGAGAUUAGAUGCCUCUCUGAAGAAAUCUACACCAUGGUUGGUUCUUGCUGGUUCGGGUCCAGCUGCAGACCUUGUCAGUGAACUGCUUGGUAAUCUCUCCCCUGUUUGCCUCAGUCCCACUUCUUGUCCAGCAGAGGGGGAGGCUACUGAGGGUCACAACGCAGAGCUCCGUGACAAGGUCCGUGACAAAGUUCGGAGACACUUCCCAGUUGAAGCUGAACUGGAAAAACUGGUGGAUAGUGCUCUGAAUAUUUAUCAGAACAGAGAGCUCAUCACUGUUUUCCAUGGGGAACAGGAGGGUUCUGAAGAUUUUGAUACAGUUCUUCUCAAAGCCCUUGUUAGAGCUAGUAAACGUGUGUCCAGUGAUGCCAGUGAGUACACAGAGGAGUUGAAACUAGCUGUGGCCUGGAACCGAGUGGACAUCGCCAAAACUGAGCUCUUCAACGGAGACAUCCAGUGGAAGUAUGAAGACCUUGAAGACUCCAUGACAGAUGCGCUGGUCAACAACAAGCCCCAGUUUGUGCGUCUCUUCUGCGAGAAUGGCCUGAAUAUCCUGGACUACCUGACAUACGGCCGCUUGGAAACCUUGUACUGCUCGCUGUCAGACAGCUCACUUGCAUACAUUCUGCUCCAGAGGCGUCUGAGUGAGAGGCAGGACCUGGCUGGAUCCCCGUCCAUCCUGGAUGGGGCUGUGACAACACCUCUGAAGAGUCCUCAGAGUGCACUAAGUGGAUCGGCUUCAGCAAUGGAGCUCAAUCUCUAUGAGGUAUCCCGCCUGCUGUGGGACCUGUUGGGUGAUGUCUGUCAGCCUUUCUACUAUGGACCGCUGGGCCUGGACCACAGCACCAGCACCAGGAAGGCUCUCAGGCAAGUCAAUAAAAUGCUGCUGGGGGAGUGUUUGUACCGGGACCAGCGCUGUCUCUCACCCUGGGCAGCCCUCUUCAUCUGGGCUGUCCUGCAGAACCGCAGUGAGAUGGCUGUGUACUUCUGGGAGAUGGCAGGGGAGUCAGUGCUGAGUGCUCUAGGAGGCUGUAAGAUGCUGAGAGAGCUUUCUAAGCUUGAGAGUGAGACUGAGAGCAAGCUUGCCAUGAAAGAAUUGGCACAGAAGUUUGAAAACCUUGCACACGAUGUAUUUGGUGAGUGUUACCAGAACAGUGAGAGUCGCUCCUUCACUCUCCUUAUAAGGAAGUCUCCAGUGUGGGGUGGAGCUACGUGCCUGCAGAUGGCCACUGCAGCUGACGCCCGCCUGUUCUUCAGCCACGAUGGUGUUCAGUCUCUGCUGUCUCAGAUCUGGUGGGGUGACAUGGAGAGAAGUACUGAGGUCUGGAAACUGGUUCUUACCUUCUUCCUGCCCCCACUCCUCUUCACAGAGCUUAUCAGCUUCAGAGAACAAGAGGAUGAGAUUAAGUCUGUGGAGGUCCAUUUUUACAGAGACACUGAAAGUCUGGAUGGGAAUGAUGCCACCGUCUUCUCCCUUGCUGACAUUAUACCUAAUGAAGAAGAAGAAGCUGAAGAGCUCAGUGCUCUAAAAGAAAACCUGAAAGACCCUUUGCCAUCCAACUCCAAGAGACCAUUCAUUGUAUCACGGUGGAGACAGUUCUGGUUUGCCCCUGUCACCUCAUUCCUCGGCAAUGUGUUGAUGUACUUCCUGUUCCUCUGCCUGUUUGCCUAUGUCUUGUUGGUGGACUUUAAGCCCCCACCCCCUGACGGCCCUUCCACACUGGAAUUUGUGCUUUACUUUUGGGUUUUCACCUUAGUAUGUGAAGAGAUCCGGCAGACCUUCUUUGUGGGCAGCACCUUUGUCCUCCAGAGGAUGAAGAAUUACAUCCAGGAUGUGUGGAACAAAUGUGACCUCACAGCCAUCUCUCUCUUCAUUGUGGCUCUAUGCUGCAGAAUGGGUCCCUGGUCAUAUAAGUUUGGCCGAGCUGUGAUGGCGAUAGACUUCAUGGUCUUCACACUACGUCUGAUCCAUAUCUUUGCCAUCCACAAACACCUUGGGCCCAAAAUCAUCAUUGUUGGCAAAAUGAUGAAGGAUGUUUUCUUCUUCCUUUUUUUCCUGGCUGUGUGGCUCAUGGCUUACGGAGUGACCAAUCAAGCACUCCUCUACUCAUAUGAUCCCCGCCCUGAUUGGAUAUUCCGCAGAGUAUUCUACAGACCAUACCUGCACAUUUUUGGCCAAAUACCCAUAAAUGAAAUGGAUGCUGAUAAAUUGGACGAAGUGAACUGUACGAACAAUGCCACACUAAUUGAAGCUGGGGAGGAGCCCUGUCUGAGCACCUAUGCCAACUGGCUGGUUGUCAUCCUUCUUGUCAUCUACUUGCUGUUUACCAAUAUAGUACUGGUCAAUCUACUCAUUGCUAUGUUCAGCUACACCUUCUCCAAAGUACAGGAGAACAGUGACACCUACUGGAAGUUUCAGCGUUACAACCUGAUUGUGGAGUACCACUCAAGGCCCUGCCUGGCACCACCCUUCAUCAUCAUCUCACACAUCCACCUUUUCAUCAAGAGACACAUCCGCCAUAUUCCUUCAGUCAAAAGCAAACACUUUGCUCUUGAUCUCCGGGGCAGAAAUGCCAGCCGCCUCAACACAUGGGAGGCAAUCCACAAAGAAAACUUCCUCACAGCUCAGAAUAAGCGGCAGAGAUGUACAGACACAGCACAACUUAAAUCUACAUCUGUCAAGGUGGACAGUGUGCUGAAGCAGAUGGCAGAGAUUCGUGACCACGACCGAAGGUUGAGGUUGCUGGAGACAGAGCUGGAGUACUGCUGCAGUGCCCUCUCCUGGAUGACAGAUGCUCUGUCUCAGAGUGAUCUGAUAAAAGCUGGCCGCCCCCCUCCUGUCCUCAGAGAUUUGACUCCACUGUCUCCAAGGUGACUCCCUGCACUCCAGGGUCAUAUGGAGCUACAGCAGUGACACAAAGUUUUGGCUAUGACAAUAAAUUCUGGCAAUACAGAAGGACACAUUGGCACUGAAAACAAUUCCACUGGAAAAAUAAAACAGACUAUAAUUAUUUAUUUUUGCAUACUCAUGUGUUCUGAUGAAAUUUCCUCAAAUUUGGCACUCAUGUUUACUUCUACUCAAUGAUAAACAGGUUAGGUUUUGGUUGUCAAAGGUCAAGGUCACUGUGACCUUGUGUUUGUUUUAUUCUCGUGAACGCAGUAUCUCAAGAACACCUUGAGGGAAUAAAUUUGGCACAAACGUCUACACUCAACCAUAUAUACUGCUUAAAAUUUGGUGGUGAAAGGUCAAGAUCACAGUGAGCUCACAAAACAGUUUGUGGCCUUAAGUCAAGAAUUCAUACACUAUUUAUGGCAACAUUGCACACAAAUGUCUAAUAGGAUAAAAUGAUAAAGUGCCAACAUUUUAUAGCCAAAAGGUCAAAGGUCAACUUAGCUGUGACAUCAUAAUGUUUUCAACGUCAUAUCUCAGAGACAGAAGGGGAGAGAUCUGGGCAGAUACUUAAUAGAUGACACUUAUCUUGGGUGUCCACCUUAAAACCGUGCUGAACAUAUAGAUCUUCUGUGCUGCUAAGGGGAAGAUGUGAGGCAUCCAUGUUUUAGAAUAUGUAGCUUCUUGGCAGCAACCUUUAGAUUUGAAGCAUUGUCUACUGUCAUGGCUACAAAUGACUCUAUACAGACAUGGAUGUAAACUGUAACUGCAACUUGACUGGUUUGCGGAGGCAUACAGCUUCCAGGUGGUAAUUCUAGUUUUAUGCUGACAGCUUUUUUUUUCAGUUUUAAACUUCUGUCUGUGGAUGGGAGGAGUUUGAGGGGAGGUGCAAGGACCAUAAAUGGUAAUUCCGUCUUCCAUAAGUUGACCUGGAACUCUCAAACAGCAAGUACAUUAAGUCUGUUUCACUGGUUUUUAAUAUGUAAAAAUGUGUGGUUAUGGUUUUUAAUAUAUAAACUGGCUGGUUAAAGUUAACUUUUAACUGACGUUAUGCUGGUCUGGCAGGGGUUCGCUGGAACAAGAGCUGUCAUCAGCUACUGUCAGAUAAUGUCAGCUAUCAUAGCUAACAUCAGGCCCUAUUUAAAAAAACGCCAGCAGAGAGAAACAGACUUGCUGUGUGGGAGUUCCAGGUAAACGCAUGAAAGCCACUGCUGUAGAUGCACGUUAAAGCCAGAGGCUUACUGGGGUCAAACAGCUUACUCAUUGUGUUCAAGGUUUGAAUGAAUAUCUGAUUGAUAAUAUUUUUAAUGACUAACAACAUUAAAAUUUCACAUUGUGUCGACAUUAACAUUAUGAUGUUUUGCAAACGUUGGGUUUUGAUCUUCAUACCUUAUGACUAAAUGUCGGAAUUCUAAGUCAAGAUGAUACUCAAAAAGUGAGUGACAUGAAGUAAGUAUUAGAAGACAGUCACUGAAAUCACAUUGGAAUGCAAAGCAUAUAAAGAUAAAUUAAUUGUUUGUGCCCGUGUUUUAAUUUUCAGUGGAAUUUUUUUUUUUUGCCAGUAUUUCCUUUCAUAAUGCCAAAUUUUAUUUUUAUUUUUUGAUGCCACACAUACACACAAACACACAUACACAGUUGACUCAAGGUCAUUGUUUAAAGAGUGUCGUGUUUGCUCUUUUAUUAUUUGUUUCACUUUUUUUAAAAAAAAUUUCAGAUGUAUAUUGUUUGAGGCGCAUUUAAUUGGGACAAAUAAUAUGCUAAGUCAUAAGUUUUUUAACUGUUGUGCCAGUAUGCAUUGCUUUCUGCUGUUGUAUGUUUGUAUCAUCCUACCACCUGAAGUUGCCAAAGUCUGAAAUUUUCAGAUCUUACACACAGGAGCUUUAGAGGUCUGAGCCCUGAUGUGACCACAGAGUGCCUUGUUAAUAUGUAUACAAAGUGGAUUUAGUGAGAUGAUUAUCAGUAUUUAUGAGAUAAAAUAUGUUGCAUGGUCACAGACUUUUAAAAGCUGCAAAAAUUUGUAUUUUAUAUUAAGAAUGGGUCCAAUGACUAUAAUGUGGGAGGAGUGACAAAGAAGGAAAUAUAGCUGCAAGCGGCAAUUCUGGGGUUCAAGCCAGCAUGGACAUUUAAAACUUGAAAGCUGGGUAGAAUAAAGACCUUUGACAGUUAAGGACACCUGCAUUAAAGAUUACCAGCAGGUUUUAUGACAAUCAGACAGAUAAUCAUUCAUUUAUGUCCAAAUCUUUAUUGGGCCACGCUCUCCUUUGGAAGCACUGUGGUUUCUUAUUGGACAACUGUAGGAACAUUUUGGGGACAUGCUUUAAUGGCUUGAUUAAAAAAAAAUCCACAGAGUUUGGUGAUGUUAGGAAAAAAUCCUCAUUGAUUUAUGGCUGAAUUUUGUCAAAGGCCAUUGCAUUUUUUGGAACUUGUGGCACCCCCUAUUAACCGAUUUUAAUUUUAAUUUCAAUUUUAUUUUUCUCAAGGGGGACAGUGUACAUUAAUGAACAUUUUCAUAGAAAUAAAAACAUAAAUGUGUCCAGUUGCAGCCAAGUGCUGAUUUAUAUUGCUAGUCCCCCCCACCAGAUGGUGCAGGCAAAAGUUCCUAAAAAGUAAAUGCAUUAACCAUACUAUAGAUGAAGCAAUUACAAUAAAUAAAAACAUAACAAUCACAAUUUAACAGUAUAAAUCGCGCAAUGAGGCAUAAAAGUCAUAUUGCAUAUUAUGCAUGUGUACGCUUAUGUCCUGUUUUUAAGUGAAACCAAUUAAUAGUCAGAUGGGGGAGAAGGGACUGUUUGGGGUGUAAAGAUGGAGUGUGAGACUGCAGCAAUGUAAAGUCCAGUACAUUGUUCUAGUUGUGAUUAUGAUGGAUGUUAGUGGAGGAUAUUUGGACAAUAAGGGUUAAAUUGCUGUAGUGCUUAUAUCCACGUUCUGUCAAUUGCAUAAUAAAGUACAUAUUAAAUA